AUGCGUUUGAUUAACCUUUUAUUCCUCGCAACGGGGAUUUCGAUUGCUGCUGCUCACCCUGAGGAUAAAAGCCAUAACCAUUGUGAGAAGUGGUGCGUAGCCAGUUUUGGUCCUCUCAGCGUUGGCUGUAUUGCACUUGCCUCCAAGGGUAAAGGGCCUUGCUACGAAUGUGGCCCUGCGGCGACACAGCCUCUUUCCAAGUUGCUGUGCAACAAGAAUUGCGUUCUAAUUGGUAACCAGCACUGUGGUGGCUGUGGAAUCACGUGUGGAAAUGGGAAAUCGUGUCUGGGUGGACGCUGUGUUUGUCCAGCUGGAUCAGCCAUUUGCUCAGGUACAUGCAAGAACUUGAGAAGUGACAACGAAAACUGUGGUGCUUGUGGAACAGCGUGCGGUAAGGGAAAAAUUUGCUUUGGUGGGAAAUGCAUAUGUCCUCCCGGGCAGAUCGACUGUUCCGGAUCGUGCAAAAUUCUGUGGAACGACGAAAACAACUGUGGUGCCUGUGGUGCUUCGUGCGGCAGCGGGAAGGCUUGUCAUGGAGGCAGAUGUGUUUGCCCCGGGGGGUCUACUAGUUGCUCCGGAACUUGCAAAAAUCUCAGGAAGGAUAGUGAAAACUGUGGUGGCUGUGGCAAGGCGUGCAGUAAUGGCAAUAUCUGCGAUGACGGCCGUUGUGUGUGCCCAGCUGGGUCUGUCAAUUGCUCUGGCGCCUGCAAAAACCUGAAGAGUGAUAAUCUUAACUGUGGUGCCUGUGGAAAAGCAUGUGGCAAUGGCCAAACAUGUGUGGACGGGGUGUGCGCUUGUCCUUCUGGAUCAACCGGUUGUUCUGGGAACUGCAAGAAUUUGCAGACUGAUAUUGCUAACUGUGGAACGUGUGGGAAAGCGUGUGCCCCCGGACAAACUUGCCAAAAUGGCCAGUGUGAAUGCCCACCUGGCUCGACUCUUUGCUCUGGGACUUGCAAAAAUUUACUGAAUGAUAAUAAUAACUGUGGCACUUGUGGAGCUGUGUGUGGAGACGGGCGAACCUGCCAAAACGGAAAAUGUGAAUGCCCACCCGGUACAACCCUUUGUGCCGGGGCAUGUAGAAGUUUACAAAUUGAUAACUCCCACUGUGGUGCUUGUGGAAUAAUUUGUCCUAGCCCGAAGAUAUGCCAGGAUGGACAAUGUGUAUGUCCUCAAGGAACUACAUUCUGCUCUGGGACAUGCACGAAUACCCAGACUGAUCCUUUUAACUGUGGUAGAUGUGGACUGUCGGUAGGUGGUGUCCUCCACUAUAUCACACUCUUUUGCGGUGCUAACAGGGUUGAUUUUAAGUGCGGUGGUGGCCAUCCCUGCCAGGGCGGCCAAUGUGUAUGUACACCAUCUGGUGGUCAAUGUGAUUUGGGCAAUCCUGGUGCAUGCUGCAGCCAAACAUGCACAAAUUUCCAUCCUCCAGCGCCUCCCGUCUGCCUUUAG